CAAAAAUCACCUUGUGAAUAAGAGUUCGUAACUGCAAUUUGUUCUCUGAAUAUCUACAUGCGUCAAGACAUGAGGUGCAAAGGCGACCGACCACCAAAGCAGGACCUAGGGUUUCCAGGAGAUACGGUGAAAUGAAUCCCCGGUUGCGGACUGACGCUAUUUCCAUGCAAACUCUGGGCGGCGAUGCUAUUCCUGGCAAAAGUCACAACAUACGAAGCACACUCGACAACUACAAGAGAUACGGGAUUCAAGACAGCCACAAUGAAGCACCUCAUCCUCGUAGGAGCAUGCUACCUGGACACUAUCCUCAGCGUGCCCUUCUUUCCUACCGAAGAUUCCAAGUUGAGGGCCACCACCCUCAACAUCCGGCGUGGAGGCAACUGUCCCAAUUCCAUCCAAGUCCUCGAACAGCUGCUCACGGAACAGGACGCCGUCCAGCCAUAUCUGGUGUCGUGUCUGCCCAACGCGUCGUCACCCGCCUCACGACGCAUCGCCGCCUCGUUUGGCCCCAGUUCGAAGCUGGACCUCCGCCAUUGCAUUUACCACGAGGCGAAAAGCGAGGCCGCGAGUAGCUAUAUCAUCCGCAGUCUGGAGACGGGGAGCCGUACCCUGGUCAAUUACAAUGACCUACCCGAGAUGACGAUGGAACAGUUUGAGACUAUCACACGGAGCUUCAGUCCAGACCAGGAGACCUGGUGGCACUUCGAAGGGCGGGUUCCCGACGCAACACUCAGAUACAUCCGCCUCUUGCGUGACGUACUUCCAAACGCUCAAAUCAGUGUCGAAGUAGAGAAGCCAGGCCGAGAAGGCCUUCCGGAACUCGCCGCUGAGGCCGACGUUGUUUUUUACUCGCGGAGUUGGGCCGAGGAACGGGGCCACGAGUCCCCCGAGUCCUGUCUACGGACCGAACUACAUGACAAGGCAUCACUGGCGCUGUGUACCUGGGGCGCUGACGGAGCCGCUGGACUGUCUCGGGUUGCAUGCGAGUGUGUUCGUUGUCCCGCCAAGUACGAAGCCGAAGGAGCCAUUUCUGUGGUUGAGUACGUGUCCGCGCUUGCUUGAUCUGCCGUGGGAGCCGGGGACACUU